UACCGACUCCCACCUUGCUUCAAACAGAUCAAGCUCCUCUGACAACGUACUUACUGAUUUUACUUUACUUUUACAUUUACAACAAUAUAUACACACAUAUAUAACAUAUAUAUACAAUUCUUACUCUCUCGCCUACCUUCAGAGCGAUCUUUUACCCACCCCUUCUUCUUAUUCGAGAAUUGUAAGCAGCGCGGUAAUUCGAACAUUUUACAAGACUACCGCGCUAGUUGUUGGCCGACUUGUCCGGCGAACGGAAACAGCCGUCUCGCAAAAAACACCUUUUUUUCCUGAGGAAGAAGACUGCGUUUUAACGCGCAAAUUAACGAAAUGAAAUUCCUUGCUCUAGUCGUUUUUGUUUUGGCCAUUGGGGCCACGGUAUUUGCUCAGGAUUAUAGCCAACUCUUUGCUGGCUUUGGACCCUACCUUCGACUCUCUUCUGGAAUGAGGGAUCCAAGGUCGAACAGAGGUCCAGUUGUCUUUCCAGUGGGACCGGCAUCGAAUCCGGCGGAAACCAGUGGAGUAAUAGUGGGUGCCAGCGGUUACGGAUUUGUGCCACCAAAUUCAGGUAAAGCAAUUAUUGGAAAUCCAAAGCCCUGAGGAGCAAGAAUUUGUCAAAAAAAAAAAAAACUCGAAAAUGUAAAUAAAACUGGACAAGCAAGACCUCCUUUUAAAACUGGAUGGUCUGCGCACUCGCAUCAGCACACGCAAAAAAUAAUAAUAAUAAAAACCUUCUUCACACACAUGGACCCAAUUUCCAUCAUCCUUACAUAUCUAACGUAUUUCGAUACUAUUAUAAAAAAAAACCCCAUUUGUGUUCAAUUAAUUUAUUAAUCGAACAAAAUAACUAAUUUUUUUCUCUUAUAAAAUUCCGCUAAAUUCAAAAAAAGAGGUGAUUGUAAUUUUGGGUAUAUUUAUAUAUGUAAAAACAGGAAUGAAUGUUAUUUUAAAAUAUGGUCUCAAAGGAAGCAUGAUUUUAGUCACUAAUAUUUAAUUUAUAUUAAAUAUAAUUUAUGAAUAUUUAUAAAAUGGUGGAUGAGAUAUAAUUUCGAGCUGCUGGCAAUUCGGAAAAAUAUUUUCUCCUUCUCCUUUUUCCUAAUUGUAUAUGGACAAUUUAUAAAUGUGUAAAUGGUGAUUCGAAAAAGAAUUUUCUCCUUUUCCUUCUCCUUAAUUGUAUAAACAAUUUAUAAAUGUGUAAAUGUCGAUUUGAAAAAGUAUUUUCUUCUUUUCCUUCUCCUUAAUUGUAUAAACAAUUUAUAAAUGUGUAAAUGACUAAUAAAAUUUAUGAAUAGUG